CGUCUUCUUUUUGAGACACAUUUUAAAAACAGGAAGCGCUCUCUCUAUCCAGUUGUCCAUCAGAUCAAAUCUUAUCCUUAUGUCUAUUGGAUAAAGCACCACUAGCGGGAAUGUGCUGUACUUAAGACUUACUUAAAACGUGUUAUUUGUAGAUAAAGAGUUCAAUAGCGUAUUCUCAGGAUGAGUUUAGAGGUGGCUUGCUUGUCAUUUCGCCAGCCGUACGCCACCCUUGUGUUGAAUGGCGUGAAAACGAUAGAGAGCCGCUGGCGGCCCCUGCUGUCAGAGAUGCGGAACUGCACUCUAGCCGUUCACAUCGCUCAGAAGGACUGGGAAGACGAGGACUGGAGACUCAUCCUCACUGAAAGGCUGGGAAUGACAACCCAGCAAACGGAGGAACUUCUGCUGUCUGGAGACAGGUUUGGACGUGGUGUUAUAGCAGGUCUGGUUGACGUUGGGGAGACAUGGCGUUGUCCCGAGGAUGUUCCCUGUGAAGAGAUGAGAGAGCUGGAGACUGCGGCCUGCCUGACUGAACUCAAUGUGAAAUACCUCACAAGACUCUCAAACCCGCGUUGGCUCAGUGAACCAAUGUAUUCUAGGGGCCAUAAAGAUGUGUGGACGGUACACAUCCCAGUUCAUCUUCUUCCCUCUGCUGCUGCUCAUCCGUAAUAGUGAACAUUGACACAAAAUACGCAGAGCGCACAAGUCUAUUUGAUGUGAUGUUUACAUCUGGAAGACGUAUUUUUAAGAGUGUUUGCUCAUCUGUAAUACGUCUA